CCUGGGUUCGGUGAAGCAGUCGCAGGGGUUCAAUGGAGCAGCCAUGUGGAAAAUGACAAGAAGGAUUUCACUCUCUGGUAGAUUGUGCUGCUUUCCCGAGGACCCGCCGGAGGACGUUGAUGCUUGGAGCGAGUCGGUGGACAAUGUCCUCACUUGUAAAAAAGGUCAGUUAGCUUUCCGACAGUUCUUGCAGUCGGAGCACAGUGAGGAGAACAUCCUGUUUUGGCUUGCAUGUGAGGAGCAUAAAAAAAUGAAGAACGUCCCGGAGAUGAUCUCUUCUGCCAACAGGAUCUACUUUGAGUUUGUCCAAACAGAAGCACCCAAACAGAUCAACAUAGAUUGCGGUACCAGGGAAGAAAUUGCAAAGAACAUUUCGCAGCCGACGCCGACUUCGUUCGACUCGGCACAGAAGCUCAUCUACUCGCUGAUGGCGAGGGAUUGCUACCCACGCUUCCUCAAGUCGGACAUCUAUCAAGCACUCCUGAGGAGAAGUGACUUGAGGUGACUUGUUUUCAAGCCGGCAAACCCGCUGCCACCUUCUUCUUCUGUAGUCGCACUAAUUGUGAUUUGCAUUCUGCAUGUCCGGAUCCUGCCCCGCAAUGCAGCUUGAGGUGUAACAAAUGUUGAUGUUCUCAACCUGCGUGAUUCGGGAGACACUCGCAGCCCGAGACAAAUUUCCGCUUGGAUUAUACGUUUUCCGUUUUAUUUAAUAAGAUAAUGGAA